CAAACCCAACAUUUUAUAAUCCUCAGCCAGUAGCCACAGAAGAAAAAACCAAACAACGCGCAAACGAGAGAGGGAAAACCAAAGCGACGAACAACCAACGACUCCACAACCAGAAAUGGAGGCGGUUUACGUCGACGAGGAAGAGGUCUGGAAAUGUCCAAAACACCCUUCCAAGCGCCGCAAGAGCGGAAUCUGCCACGUCUGCCUCCGCGAGCGCCUCGUCAUUCUCUGCCCCGACUGCGCUAACGUCCGCCCCUGCGGUUGCUGCGCUACGACGUCGUCUUCCUCGUCUUUUUCUUCGUCCUUUCGCUUCCCCGCCGGCGAUGGCGCCCGAGUCUCGAAGCUUCUCGAGGGCGAGCCCUCGUUCCGGCGGUCCCGAUCGGUAGCGGCCCCAUUUCUGCGCUCCACCUCGAAGUUUUUCGGCGGUGCUUUCAGACACGCAGACUUUGACUCUGUCGGCGACGGGAGCAAACCCCAAACCGUCGGACGGACUAAAACACCGUCGUUUUGGUCGUCGGUAUUCCGGUCGUCCCGCAGGAGCAAGACAAGUGAGGUUAAUAAUGGAGAAAACGAGACGACGGCGGAGAAGAAAGUGGAGAGCGAAAUUCAAGAGAAGGAAGAAGACGCAGAAGCUGCGAUGAGGAGGACGAUGAUGAGGAAAUCGAGGUCGGUGGCCGUACCGAUGAUGUCAUCAAAAACCGGUGGCGUUGGAGGUGAGAGACCGCCGGCAAAAGGCAGGGGACGGUAUUUCCCGAGCCCGAUCAAGGCCUUCCGGCACUCCAAAAUUUCAAAGAUCUUUUCCGAGCGGUCGCCUGUGUACAGAGGUUAAUCAUAUUAUUUUCUUUAGAAAACAAAAAUAAUUAAAUUAGCAUUAAAAAAACAAUAAAUUUUAUUUUAAUUUAUUUUUGCAACGUGAGAAUCCAUAAGGCAUUUUGAUCUUGCAAUGGUAAUAAUUAUAUUCACACAUUCUAAAUUAAUGUGAUAUUUUAUUUUUUUUUAAUAUUUUUUAGUGUGUAGAAAAUAUUAAAAAAUUAAAAAAAUGUGAGAGAAGUAAUUUGGAAUGUAUGAAUAUAAUUUCUCUCAUUAGAAUGCAAUUUAGGAUUAUGUAUUGCAAAGUUGGCAAAUUCACUGAUUAUGAUUUGCGUGUUCAUUAAUUUUAAUUCUGUUAUGCUCUUUUUAUGGAUUUGAUUGA